GGGCUGUCAUGUGAUUAGCAGGGUUCAAUGAGAGCUGUUUGCCCCACCCAUCUCUUCAACGCUGUCUAUCUCAAUGUAUAAUUCACUGAGAAAAGGAAAUAAUCGCUAAAAAUACACCCUCGAAAAGGAUCCAUUCGCCACAAUUGGGGAUUCAGUGCGCUCCGUCCGUAGGGAAUCCAUCCCUGUCGUUUUGGUGUGGGAUUUAUCUUCACGUUUCCAAAUGCACAUGAUCUAAGAAGGAUUCAAGAAGAAGGAUACAAAGCGUAGCCUGACAGCGGACUCUGACUGCCGAUAACCGGUACGUUAAAAUAUCGACGGAAUCGUUCGCAUUUGCAUCUGCGGUUGAAAGAACCGUAAGGAUCGCCGCUCGCGUCAAAGCAAAGCCUACGGAUGUGAGGAGAAAUUCAAAUUACGGUAACGGAGAAGACGGAGAAGGGCCUCGUUUGAUUUGGACAAGCCGAAAAAAAGCCAUCGUUCACCGUGAGCAGAACAGGAGGGAAAUCGCGUCAAUCCGAAGCAACAUUUUUCAGCAGCACUGCCGUAUUUUUCUCGUAGACAGCGUCGUUUCGUAACGGAGUUAAAAGGUUCAUGUCGGCCACGGCGCAGGGCGGAAUGAUCCACAUGCCGUCAUUUUGGUGGAAAUAUUUAUUUUUUUAAUUUGUAGCCACCCUUUCUAUCUCGUUCUGCCCGUCUAGUUGCAUCGGCCAGCGGAUUCGACAGCAACAAACCGAAAGAAUCGCGUUUUGUGGAGCUAUUCAUGAUUUUAAUUGGAGUUGCUCGUUAUUUCGGGAAACCGACCAUGGAUUCGCGACGGGAAAUUUGCUAAAUCGCCGUCGUGGGGAAGCCGAAAUCAUUCAUGUAACGUCGAAGGCUUCGCUGGAUGCACAUCCAUACACAGAAAUCAAAUAUUUUAUAGCAGCAAAGCGCUCGACAGGACUCGGCCAUCUGUAGGCCGGCCUAGUGUUUUCACCACCACCCAUUCUCGCCAAUACCAGUCACCCAUAGCUUUCACAUUUCCCCGUGCUCCCCUCCUGCCCUUAACAACGAAAUCCGGGGAAGCGAUGUGCAUACAAGUAUAAAUGUCCCGGUUUUCCAUCAAAGUGUUCUGAUCGGAGGACAAUCAAGGAAUUUGGAUCAUUUAUUCAUACGGUAGAUAUACCCCCCACCCACCCCAAAACUUUUCUUGGGUUUUUGGGAAAAUGGGUUGUUUGGGCAACAGUAAGACUGAGGACCAGCGAAAUGAGGAGAAGGCCCAGCGAGAAGCUAACAAAAAGAUAGAGAAACAGCUUCAGAAAGACAAACAAAUCUACAGAGCAACUCAUCGACUACUACUGUUAGGGGCUGGAGAAUCGGGGAAAAGCACCAUAGUCAAACAGAUGCGCAUUUUACACGUUAAUGGCUUCAAUGCUGAAGAGAAAAAACAGAAAAUUCAAGACAUCAAGAAUAAUAUAAAAGAAGCUAUAGAGACUAUUGUGACGGCAAUGUCCGUGUUGGUACCUCCAGUCCAGUUAGCCUGUCCUGCAAAUAAGUUUCGAAUUGAUUACAUCCUCAAUUUAGCUAAUCAGAAGGACUUUGAAUUCACACCGGAAUUUUAUGAACACACAAAGACCUUGUGGCAGGAUGAAGGGGUGAGAGCUUGCUUCGAAAGAUCCAAUGAAUAUCAACUGAUCGACUGCGCACAGUAUUUCCUGGACAGGAUUGACACUGUGAAACAGAGUGACUAUACUCCCACUGAUCAGGACUUGCUCAGAUGCAGAGUUCUGACUUCCGGGAUCUUUGAGACAAGAUUCCAAGUGGACAAAGUUAAUUUUCAUAUGUUUGAUGUUGGCGGACAGAGAGAUGAACGCAGGAAAUGGAUCCAAUGUUUUAAUGAUGUGACAGCCAUCAUUUUCGUGGUAGCCAGCAGUAGUUAUAACAUGGUGCUCAGAGAGGACAAUCAGACCAACAGACUCCAGGAGGCACUUAACCUGUUCAAGAACAUCUGGAAUAACAGGUGGCUUCGAACUAUUUCUGUCAUUCUGUUCCUAAACAAGCAGGACUUGCUGGCUGAGAAGGUUUUGGCGGGAAAAUCAAAAAUUGAGGAUUACUUUCCAGAGUUUGCACGCUACACUACACCAGAUGAUGCAACACCAGAGCAAGGGGAAGAUCCACGAGUAACGAGAGCAAAAUAUUUCAUCCGAGAUGAGUUCUUGAGGAUCAGUACAGCGAGUGGAGAUGGCCGGCACUACUGCUACCCCCACUUCACCUGUGCCGUGGAUACAGAAAACAUCAGCCGAGUGUUUAACGACUGCAGAGACAUCAUCCAACGCAUGCACCUACGACAGUACGAACUCUUGUGAUCGCAGCAGGGAUGACGGGACGCAAACUCACCACCUGAACUUUCUUUAGCCCCCCUGCCCUACAUCACGCCCCAAUAUCAAACCACGAACCUUCAAACUGAUGAGUCCCCACCUCUUACACUUACACACACACACACACAUAUAUAGACAUACACACACACGGCCUUUCUCCAUCCUGAGUGACUAGGGGCUGGGGCAAGGGGACACACUGUGUUACUGAUGAAAGCAUGGCUGUGAUAUCUGGCAAAAAGACAUGUUAACAGCCAAGGACUACCGAUGUUAAUAAAGAGAGAGAGGAAAACAAAACAUGUGAGAGGGAGAGGGGGGGGGGGGGGGGAGAAAAGAGGGAAGAAAGAAAGGUGUCCAGAACUGCUCAGGACAAGGAAGCCAUUUCGUACACAUACAGACACAUAAUGCGUCCAGCUAAACUCCUGACCCGCAGUCCUAUGUAUGUUACACGUCAAACCUGUCUUUUUUUCAAAAAAAUGCCUAAACACACGUUACUUGUAUUGAUGCGCACGCACAAGACAUACACACGCUGUUCUUAUCCUACACUGUUUUGGUCCUGUUGAAGCCUGGCGCGUCCCCCUCACCUUUUUCCCCAUUUCCCCUUUCCCAAAACCACCCCCCACCCCCAAAGGUGGACAGACCCCACCUGAGGAGAGCAAAACGAUGGACCGUAUGUUAAAACAAAACAAAAAACCAGAAUGUAGAGCAAAAUGUCAAAGAAAAAUUGAGGGUUUGGAGCAUUUACUGCCCCGGAUUGCUCUGCGUGUGGAGCAGAGAAUGACUUGAACACAAGACCCAUCACACGACUCCCUUCUCGAGAUGCAUCGCAGAAGAGACGAGCGCAUGCAAUGCUAGAUUCAUGCAGAACAGUGAACUAAACGCAGUGCAAAAAAUCCAAACUACACACACACACAUAUAUAUAUAUGAGAUAUUCCUGUAAUAAUGCAGUCUCUUUCUAUUUGUUAGUUUCCCCAGUUUGUGUGUUGGCGUGUGCAAAUAUGCACCAUUUUAAAACUGUUUUCCGAGUGUCAUUCCUCUCUCUCUCUCUCUCUCUCUCUCUCUCUCUCUCUCUCGUUCGUUCUUCUGCCCUCAUCUUUCUCUCUGUCUGUCUCCUCCCUGCUGCAAAAAUCUUGUACACUGACACGUGGGGACUUCAUCAGACCGAGGGUAAGACAGAGUAAUGAGGGCAGACAUGAGACAGACGUCUAAUGGAUGGCCUAGUCGCUCAAUGCCACCCCCUUCCUCCCAAUCCGACUUCCUCUCCUCCCCUUUACUCUGGCUUUUGGUCUGUCUUUUGAUUUCUCUGCUGGAUCAUUAUUCUUGUACAGACUGUAAAAUGUAUUAUUUUGUACAACUUUAUUGAAGAAAAAAGUAACUUGUAGAAGCUCCCUGUGCCUUGAUCACGACUGUACGUGUAAAAUGAGCUAAGAUGUAAGUAAGAUAUAUUUCAUUGCGCUGUUUGGCUCUGCCCUGCCUCUGUCGAUUCGCUUGAACUCUGACCCCCUCCCUGAUUGCCUGUUUGCUCAUCAGACUCUAGGUGGAAGUUGACCCCCCCACCCCCUUGUGCUGACCGUGAAUCGGUCUCCCUGUACAACUUGAGAACGAAGAACAUGUGACACCAGAUCGGUGACAGAGCGCAACUUUUACUGACACUUCUUAUCAGUGGAGUUUGGGGGGAGCUGCUGUCUGUCACACACACCCUCCCCCCCUCCUGUUUUUAUUUUUAUUCAGUUAACCUGCCUCUGGUUUGUUUUAGGAUCAAGAUGAAAAGCCUGAUGCUGUGUAGUACAAAGCAAGAAACAUUAUAUACAGUAUAUAUAAAUAUAUAUUUAUAUGUGUAAAUAUAAUAUUUAUAUAUAUGUGUUUGCUUUUUACAGGUUUUAAUUGCCUUUUUUGGUCCGUAACAAGUCAACAUUUUUAGAGGCAGGGUUGUGGGGCUUUUUUGUUUAGUUUUUUUCUUUCUUUUUUUUUUUAGCUUUAACUCUGUUGAAGGAGAAAAUAAUCCAAAUGCAAAAAUAUUGCUUGUCUCUUCAAAAAAAACCAAAUUCCUUUGCUAAAAUGAGUGAAAAAGACAGCAAAUCUGUCAAUGUAUUAAGUGUACAAAUUGUUUUCAUAGCUGCACACUCAGAUAUUGGGUUCAUAUCCCCCCUCCCAUGGUAUUCAUGUUUAUUUCUUUUAUAUAAAAAAAGAAAAAGAAAGAAAAAAACAAAAGAAAAGGCUGCUCUACAAACUGACAUACUAACAAAAAGAGGCCACCUAUCACCGGACAAUGACCAAUCAUAACCCUCUCUGUACCACACUUCUUGUCCUGCUACCCAAUCACAUGAAAGCAGGGGCCAGCUUUUGGUGCUCUAAUGGUCCGCUUUGUUAUACAAACAAAGUAUUUAUUUUUGUUUUAUUUAUUUGUCAUUUUAUACUUUUUUGUUUGUUUGUUUUUUUACCCCAAAAUGCCAUAAUUUGAAUCAAAAACUCUAACGUAUAACCGGUCUGAUUCGGUUGUGUUUUCUGCUAAAUGUGGUACAGGUGUUCUAAAUAAAAUUAAUUUCUUUUUUUUUUUUUUUUUUUUUUUGUUGGUUAAGGGUGUAGGAUGGGCUGGGGAGGAGAUGUUAAGCUUUGACAUUUUAGUAUGUUUACUUUUUUAAUUUUAUUUUCUAGUUCAGACUCGCUGCAGCAAUAAGUGAGUGAGAUUUGAGUACCAAACGCCCCCUUGCCUGACUGUAUCUAUAAGAAGUGUUUUCAGUGUAUAUGUUGCUUUUUUUCCAUGUCUCUCACACUUACUGUACAUUUUGUACAAAGAUUCAAAUUACAGCAGUAAAAGAAGAGUGUAACACUGUCUGAGUGACACACACAUGCACACACUCUUUUCACAAGGCUAACUCUGUUUUAUGGCCCAAAUCAAACUAUAAAGGAUAAUGUAGUUGCUCUUA